CCCGUGAAGAGAUAAGAAAGAGCGCCGGAGAAAAAAGUUUUGUUUUUUGGCAUGAUUGGCCUGAAAGACCACAUUUGACCUUCAAAACUAGAGAGAUACGUUUGCCCAGUUGUCCAUUCUUGGAGUUUCUAUGGACUAACCUAGGCCACUGUCUUUCACAAUUUAUAGGUUCUUUUUUCUCUUUCUUUCUUUAUUUUUAUUUUUUUUAUUUUUGUUUUAAAAACCACAGCCUAGCAAUGAAAGUACACCCGGGAUUUUCUUCCACCAUAAAAUCUCCAGGACUGCCAAACCAUGUUUCUUUCUUUCUUUCUCUCUGCACUGCCAAAAAAAUCAAGAACAUUAGGUGAAGAAUAAUUUGGGGAGAAGAUUGAAGGGAAUGGAUAAUGUCACUGAGAUAGAAUCAGAUGAUUCUGAGUUUGUUGAGGUUGAUCCUACUGGAAGAUAUGGAAGGUACAAUGAAAUUCUUGGUAAAGGGGCUUCCAAGACUGUUUAUAGAGCUUUUGAUGAGUAUGAAGGAAUUGAGGUGGCCUGGAAUCAGGUGAAACUUCAUGACUUUAUGCAAAGCCCAGAAGACCUUGAGAGGUUAUAUUGUGAAAUUCACCUGCUCAAGACCCUAAAGCACAAGAACAUCAUGAAAUUUUACACUUCUUGGGUUGAUACUGAGAACAGAAACAUCAACUUUGUGACUGAGAUGUUCACCUCUGGUACUUUAAGACAGUAUAGGUUGAAACACAAGAGGGUUAACAUUAGGGCAGUGAAGCAUUGGUGUAAACAGAUAUUGGAAGGCCUUCUCUACCUCCAUAGCCGUGCCCCUCCGGUUAUCCAUAGAGACCUCAAGUGCGACAACAUAUUUAUCAAUGGUAACCAGGGGGAAGUCAAAAUUGGUGAUCUUGGCCUCGCUGCAAUCCUCCGUAAAUCCCAUGCUGCUCGUUGUGUAGGAACUCCGGAAUUCAUGGCUCCCGAAGUGUAUGCCGAGGAGUACAAUGAAUUAGUGGACAUAUAUGCGUUUGGAAUGUGUAUUUUAGAAAUAGUGACCUUUGAAUAUCCGUAUAGCGAGUGCACUCACCCUGCUCAGAUAUACAAGAAAGUGAUCUCCGGGAAAAAGCCGGAUGCCCUUUACAAAGUUACGGAUCCUGAAGUGCGUCGUUUUGUUGAGAAAUGCUUAGCAACAGUCUCCGAUAGGCUAUCUGCAAGAGAGCUUCUUGAUGACCCUUUUCUACAGGAUGAUGAUUUUGCGUUCGAUAUGAAAAUGAGGGCGUUGGAUUAUGAAAAAGAUUAUAAUAUGGGUCCUAUGCUAAUACAGCCUCACUUGAAAUUCAAUCACAACAAUGGCUCUCUGGUAAAUGGCUACUCUAAUUAUCUUGGAUUUGAACAAGAUGACAAUUUGGAUUACCACGGAAAUGAGAUUGAUCUCUUAAUGAGCCAAGACAAUGAUGGUAAUUUGGAAAAUCUUCACAUAUCUAUUCAAGGACAGAUGAAAGAAGACAAUGGCAUCUUUUUACGGCUCAGAAUUGCAGAUAAAGAAGGUCGUGUUCGUAAUAUUUAUUUUCCUUUCAACCUCGAAAGUGAUACAGCACUGAGUGUUGCUACUGAGAUGGUUGCGGAGCUGGAUAUUACUGAUCAAGAUGUGACUAAGAUCGCAGAUAUGAUUGACGGUGAGAUUUCUUCCUUAGUGCCCGAGUGGAAGGGUGGUUUGGCGAUGGAUGAAACUACCAACUCAACAGAAAUCGACUACGGUCAUAGUUGUGCCUCAAACGGUCUGUUUGGAAGCUACCGAUCGUCUCAUGGCCCUGGCUCUCGGAGUGUGCAAGUUCUACAAUCUUCAAUGCACGGGUGUGAAGCGGUUCAUGGCCGUUUUGAGGAGAUUACGUACCAGUUUGAUGAGUCUGAACAAUGCAUCACGGAAGGCGCCCCUAAAGGUUCAUGUGAGUCUAUCGCUGAUAUUUGGGCACAACACGAUGGACCAAAGAUUAGCUCAACCGGGUCUGGUGAGUGCCACUCGGGUGCACACGAGGAGCAACGUAACGAACCAACAUUUGCCAGCGAUGACAGAACAAUAGAUGUCGACGACGAGAGUAAGUUCCCGGUGAGGGGUUCACCCGGUGCAGAUUCUUUAGGAGCGAGAACCAUGCUCAAGGAUUACGAGAACGAAAUCAGGCAAGAGUUGAGGUGGCUAAAGGCGAAGUACGAGAUGCAACUGAGGGAGCUAAGGGAUCAUCAACUGGGCGUUGCGCCUAAAUAUCUUACCCUAAACCCCGAUGACACCAAUAAGAGUGACAAAUCGUCAGCGAUUCCUACCCCAAUGAACAAAGCCCGCGAGAUUCCGCCAAAAUCUUCUAGUUCAAGGAAACAACUCACCAAAUAUUCCUUACGAGAAGAGAAAAAAUGCGAUAACUCUGUCAUAACAUACGAGACGGCAUACAGUUCAUGUAGUCCAGUCCACAUGGUCACCGCGAAGAGUUACUAUACAGGGGCUUUGCUUCCUCAACCGCUUAACAGGGCUACUUCUCUACCUGUUGAUGCCAUAGAUUUCUAAUCCCGAACCUCUAUGGCACGAUAGAUUUCCCCGGAGGGUGGCUUUGCAAAUUGCAAGAUUAUAUCUGAAAUUUACGCAAAUCUCGAUCUGCCUCACAAGCAAUGGACUAAAGCUAUUACCAUAUAUGAUGAGCUAUUUAGGAAAACAUCAUUGUGAUUUUAGGCCUCACCAAAUCCAUAGACUUUUGGGCAGCAAAUUUCACACUGCCUCUACUUUACAGCAAAUGUUCAUAGGCAUGCCAUCCCAGCAGCCAAAAAAAAGAAAAAAGAUGUUGGAUGAGUUGGUGGUCCCAACUCCCACUUGCUCUCUUGUACACUUUAUAUCAAUAAAACAUCAAUUCAGAAAUGACUUGUUGCAA